AUACUUCACACCAUAAUAGAAUCAAAGGAAGCUCCUUUAACUUCUCUUGGUAACGAACUCAUCCACGUGUCAUAAAUCCGAACCCUUAACUCCGGCGACAAUGUACCGAACGGCGGCGAAGCGUCUUCUCGGCGCUGGUUUAACAACCAGCCGCCUCCUCCGAUCCACCAUCAUCCCUUCUUCUUACACUUCCAAUCUCUGCACUUCAUUGAUGGGUCACACCGAAUCACCGAUUAUUAAUCAAUCGGGUCCCACGGCGGCUUCAUCCUCUUCGUCUUCUUCCACGGGUACAGGGGAAGGACCUCGUAGGAAACCAAGACCCGAGUUCGAGGAAGAGCAGGCUCGUGUUCUCUCUGCGUCUCUCCGUCACGUGGCGAGGUUAGGUUGGACGGAGGAGGCGAUGAUGGCUGGUUCGAGAGACGUUGGUGUGUCUCCUUCCAUUGUUGGGUCUUUCUCCAGGAGAGAAGCUGCACUUGUCGAGUACUUCAUGGAUGAAUGCCUACAACUGCUUAUUGAUAGAGUAGACUCUGGAUUGGAUUUGCAAAACCUCAUUCCGAGUGAACGCAUCCCCAAGCUCAUCAGAAUCCGUUUAGAGAUGCAGGUGCCUUACAUUUCAAAAUGGCCUCAAGCGCUCAGCAUUCAAGCGCAUCCAGUGAACGUGCCAACGAGUUUCAAGCAACGGGCAAUGUUGGUUGAUGAGAUAUGGCAUACUGUUGGAGAUGGAGCCUCUGAUUUGGAUUGGUAUGUGAAGCGCACUGUUCUUGGAGGAGUUUACUCAACCACCGAGAUUUACAUGCUUACCGAUGACUCCCCAGAGUAUCGUGAAACAUGGGCAUUCUUGGAUGACAGAGUCAAAGAUGCUUUUGAUCUGAAGAAAAGCAUACAAGAGGCCAAGUAUUUUGCACAAGACAUUGGAGCUGGAGUUGGGAAAUCGUUUCAAGGACUGAUGAAUGGAGUUAUGCAGACAAUGUCCACAAGGGGUGGUGGUAGUACCUCUGCGUUUUGAGAAGAUCAGACCUUUAAACAAUGAAUUUGCUUCAUUCCUUAUAGUUACUCCAAUAUAUUGAUUUGAGAUAUGCUAUAUAAUAAAUUAUAUCACUAUGAAUGUCUUGAAGUGUAUAAGCCUUUUUGUUGAAUAAAACCAUUGAUUUUGUGAAUGGCGAUGAGUAUUGUGCUA